AUGCCUCCCAAAGCCGCCAAGGGCGAGUACAUCGAGACCGACACAGGGAACAAGAUCUCCCGCCGGUCCCAGAUCCAUGGUACACAACACAUCAUUCUAGGCGGAAAGACCGUCAUCCAAGCCGAGGCUGUGAUUCGCGGCGACCUCUACCGACUCCCCUCCACCGCCACCUCAGACCCAAACAACCCCCAACCACCAUCGAACGCGCCAAGCGUGGCGAUCACCGUCGGCCGAUACACGUACAUCUCCAAGAGCGCGAUUCUGCGCCCGCCUAGCAGGCUACAUCGCGGAGUGCACUCUUACUACCCGCUCAAGAUCGGCGACCACGUCUUUGUCGGUGAAUCGGCUGUGAUUGAGGCUGCGUCGCUCGGCAACCAUGUUCAUGUUGGCGCUGGGGCCACGGUGGGCAGUAUGGCUAUUAUAAAGGAUUUUGCGGUUGUGCUUGAUGGGGCCGCUGUCCCGCCUGGUAUGGUUGUGCCUAGUUGGUGUGUUGUUGGUGGGCGACCAGCUAGGAUCGUCGGUGAGGUUGGCGAGGGAUAUGGUGUUGAGGGAGCUGAUGGUGGUAUGGCAAGAGAACGAUAUCGGGUUGUCGGGAGGCCGGCGGGCUUUUGA